GCCGUCCAAGCUCUGGAUGGAUUUCGCACUCCCUGGGAUCUGAGUCCAGUCACAGGUCACGGACACCCUGGGAUUUGUAAACUUCUGAUUGAGAUUAACCUGAAGCCUUGAUCUCCAACUUGUUUUAGAAGACCACCUCUCAACAGAAGAAUACAACACUGGGCCGCAGUCAUGCCACGUGGAACACCUGCCCCGCCUAACAAGCGAAAAAAGCCCACUAAGAUCAUCACGGACCUGUCACACAUCACUCAGGAUGAAUAUGAGUCUGAGCCUGAGGCGUCAGAGUUUGACCUGGGGACGAAGAUCAAGACCCCCAAGGACACCAUGCUGGAGGAGCUGAGCCUGCUCAACAACAAGGGCUCCAAGAUGUUCAAGAGGAGGCAGAAGCGUGUGGAGAAAUUCAUAUAUGAGAACAACCCUGACCUCUUCGGCACUGAAUCUAUGGAGAACUUUCAGAAGCUGGUCCCUAGCUUGGGGGGCACAAUGAUUUUGGACGCUAGUGGCAACAUGGUGCAGAAGCAGGGAGGUCCACCAGUGCCCCCUCCAAAACCAGGCAAAGAUGGUCAUGGUCAUGGUCAUGGACACGGUUACAGUCAAGUGCAUGGACAUUAUGGGGGUGCACAUCAUGGUGCUUCAGGAGAACAUGGUCAGGGUAGUAAUGGGGUAGACGCUGCCUUAGAACAGGCCAAGAAAAAGAAAGAAAACAUUUCCUCAUAUGUAUCACCAUGGGAAAAGGCCAUGAAGGGCAACCAGGAGCUGACAUCAAGCAUGAAAUGUCAUAUGCCGGUCCCUCAUGCACACCUCGAUCUGCCCAAGUACAAGUCCUUUAACAGGAGCGCUACACCCUUUGGGGGCUUCGACAAGGCCUCUCAACUCAUGACCUUCCAGCUGCCCGACACCCAUGCAGUGGCCCCUGAGGAGCCGGAACCGCCUGCCCUGUACCAGCAUGACAUUGGUGCUCGACCCUCCUUUAACCGCACUCCCAUUGGCUGGGUGGGGAGUGGUGAGCCCAGCAGCAUUCACAUGGAGCUGGAUGCAAUGCCCUUCGACGGAGAGACGGAUGACCUGUGAACAGCAUGCCCCGGCUGACCCAGAUGUGCGAAACAAAGCAUCUAUACCUUAAACUACGUAAACAUAAACAUACACUUUUCAAAAGGGUGAUCCAGUCCGCUUUUCCUUGAGUUUGUUUCUUUUAAUAGGAAAGUGUGUAUGAAAUGAACCACAAAUGCUCAACAUUGGGCUGUUUAAGAAAGCAAGCAAGAGAGACAAACUGACAGAGAGACAGAGAGAGAAAGAGAAUAAGAGAGAGCCAGGGAGAGAAAAAAAUGUAGUCUCUUAAAAUCAAAGAAAUCAAUCACGAGAAUACUCAGAAUUGUAGGUAACUUCCCAGUGAACACAAUGGCUGCCAUAACUGUGAUGAAUGCUUAUACUUGUUUUCCAAUAUGUCUCAUUUAGGGGGCCUAGCAUAUUGGGUCAUUGCACCACCAGUCUCCAACAUACUCACGAAGCAGCAGCACAAUACCUUGUCCAUGAGAGGAGACAAAUAAAACACAACUGAGAGUUUGGGCUUUGUUUAGCUUUCUUCCUUGUCAGUUGCAUAGUGUCUCAUUGCACAUCAGGGCAACCAAAAGUGGUUUCUUCAGCUUCUAGCCUUCUAACGCCAUGGCUUUGACAGUUCUAGGUUCUCUGUGUUUCUGUACCUUUGGACAAUUUUGUCAAUCCCCAGCACAUGAACCCAGCCUAAAAUGCAUGCAGUAGGUGUGAGUUGAGGUGUGCUAAUAUCUGUUGAGUGAUAGAGAUUUUGUUCUGGGUGUGGUUUUCUAAUUUAAUCAGUUCUGCAUCACCUAAGAUUUCUCCUAAAUAAACAUUCUCCUUGUUGUCA